AUGAUAUAUCAUCCAGAUAAAAAUAAAGGAAGUGGAGAAGCUUCAAAAAUUUUCCGUGAUAUAACUUCAGCAUAUGAAAUCUUGGGAAAUAUCCGUCAAAGAAAAUUAUAUGAUAGUGCAGCUAACUUAAAUCAAAAUUCUUCUCAAUUUACUACUAAACAACAACCUUUUGAAACAAUGUAUACAAAAAAUGAUAUUUAUAAAACCAAUGUCCGUAGCAGAGACUAUAAUUUUGAACAGUGGUCUAAGGCUCAUUAUACAAAUGUAUUUAGGCGACACCAUGAAACUCGACAAAAACGUACAAGAAACAAAAUGAACGAUGAAUAUGCAGAAAGACAAAAUUCAUAUAAUUUAUUGACAAUUAUGGUCUUUGCUAA